AUGAGCAGCCUGGCCGCCGUCCGGGAGGGCUACGAGCGCUUCGACCCCCGCGCCUACCUGCAGAACAACUACGUGCCCCCCCGGGCUGACUUCUCCUCCGAGGACUGCGUGGUGCCCUGGAAGCUGCGAUGCCUGGCCGAGACCUUUGCCAGCGGUGAGAUCCGCGGGCGCACGCUCAUCGACGUGGGCUCGGGCCCCACCAUCUACCAGCUGCUGAGCGCCUGCGACCACUUCGAGGAGAUCGUGGCCACCGACUACCUGGCGGUGAACCGGGAGGAGCUGCAGCGCUGGGCGCGGGGCGAGCCCGGCACCUUCGACUGGAGCCCCUUCAUCCAGCACGUCUGCAAGAUCGAGGGGCGCGGGGAGCCCUGGCAGGAGAAGGAGCGUCGGCUGCGGGGCCGCCUGCGGCGCAUCCUGCCCAUCGACGUGCACCGGCCGGACCCGCUGGGCGCCCCGCUGCGCCCGCCGGCCGACGCGCUGCUCUCGGCCUUCUGCCUGGAGGCCGUCAGCCCCGACCGCGCCGCCUUCGGCCGGGCUCUGGAGCACGUGGGCUCGCUGCUGCGCCCGGGGGGCCACGCGCUGCUGCUGGGCGCCCUGGGCGAGUCCUUCUACCUGGCGGGCGCCGCGCGCCUGCCCGUGGUGCCGCUGGCCGAGGACGACGUCCGCGGGGCGCUGACGGGGGCCGGCUUCGCCCUGCGGCAGUUCCGCUCCUACGCCAUGCCGCCCGCGCUCCGCACCGGCGUGGACGACGUCGACGGCGUCUUCUUCGCCCACGCGCAGAAGCCGAUGGAGGCCUGA